AUGGUCUACUCGAUCACGCAGACCCUCGCUGUGGCUUCGGCCCUCUCCAGUAUGGCGAUGCUGGCCCCAACCGCCGAUGCCCACCAGAUCGUGCUGCUCGACAAGGACACCAAGUACAACCCGUUGGCCUUCCUCGAGAACCAGGGCUUCGAGACGCAGGAGGACUUCGCCUCGUGGCGUGACAAGAACGGCUACAAGUCGCUGCGUGACUUCAUGGACAAGGCUAAGUACACAGUGACGAGUGGAGCCGACUUCUCCUGCGGCUUCACCGACCCCAAGGGUACCCCUCAGCCCAUUCCGGCGGGCGACGCCAUGCGUUCGACGGGUUACACGCACGACGGCCCGUGCGAGGUGUGGCUCGACGACACGAAGGUGCUGGAGGGCGACAACUGCCACGAGAAGUUCCCGGGCAAGGACUACACGACUGGCGGAUCUGGCACUUCGCAGCAGUCGACGCCGUCCACGGAGACGGGAUCUAACACCUCGAACCAGGCGACGCCUGCGACGGACGCGCCGACUUCGUUUGGGUCACCGGCAGCUCGAACUACCGACGCGCCUUCGACGCCGACAACUACUGCACCCCCGUCGUUUGGGUUUGGGUCACCGGCAGCGCAAACGCCGACGUCGGGGCGACCUGGGGAGCGCCUACCACGUGGGGGCAGCGUAGCCUGCGCAAGUAAUCGCGGCUGGAUUUAG